UGUUAAAUCUGUUUCAGUUGGGAGGAUGACACCAAAAGGCCUCUCCAUUCUCUGAAACAUUCUUUUUUAAAAUAAGGAGUGGUGGACUUCAUUUUUCAUUCUUUUUGGGGGUGAAGGAGGGGUUGAGUAGGAUGGAGUUAUAAUGUCUAGAAAACAAAACCGAUAUGGACCGGCCUGUCUUUUGGUAUAGACGAGCCCAUGCAAUUGCUGUGGUGGGGAGAAGGGAGGGAGGGUCAUGUGGGGGCUUUCAAGUGAGUAGAACCUCCCUUGUUUAGGAGGUCACAUGAGUGACGGAAGGCAGACCCUGUAUUCUUAGAUGAGGCAUGGCCUCAUCUCUCAGGCUUCCAUUUAAGUGCAAUUAUUCCUGUCAAUCCAGGGCAUCUGGGCUUCUGCUGAGUGGGAUGCAGAGAGGAGAUCUUCAGGGUUCUUACUUUUCUCCUUUCACUUAACAUGGUUGCACUCUCCACCCUACAUUCUGUGUUCCCAGCUUACAGCAAACACACCAGGGCCAGCCUCUACAUCCUUCCUCUUAACUCAUGCUGGCUUAAUUGAGAAUUGCAAAAGAUUUCCUCAUACUGUUUUAUAAAUAAUAUAAAUUGUAUCUUUUUAUUUAGUUUUUAAGAUGCAAUUUCUAAGAGUGACGGAUGGUGUUAAGUUCCCUGCUGUGCCUUAAAGUAGAAGUACCUUCCUCGCUAUAGGCUUCCAAAGGCCACAGACCAAUAAAGCAAAAAUUUGCAUGAUUUUAUAUUGUACACUUGGGAGGUGAUCCUGAGCCCAGAGAAUGGAGCUGGUUCUCUGAGAUCUGGCUCUUGCCUUUCUUCCUUCAGUCACAUGCCCAAGGUUCCAGGCACUUUGUUUUUCCUUCAAUAAAGAGCAUUUGGAAAUAAUUGUGAGUUACUCAGACACCUCUGGACUGUGCCCUCAUUUUCCAGGGAGGCAGUAUCAGCCAUCUAGCCAUAGGUGAAUUGGAAGCCAUUUUCUGGCUUAGAAACACAUGUACCCCAGAGUCUCCUAAUUUUCUUCUUUCCCUCCAUCUCCAGUUGCUGAUUCAAUGAGUCAUGGAGGCACUCUGUCUCUUUUAAUGUUUUGCAGAUACCCAGUCACAAAGUAUUGCCUCCUGUGCUUAAGCUGAUUAACUACCACGCUUCCAUGUAGAAUUCCUGUGUCUGCUUCCUCCAUUGGCUUUCUGGGUUGGGGGCAGCAGAAGUGAUGGAAGCUGUCUAAGGAGUGGGGUGGGAAGGACCUUGGCCUCUUUCUGUGUUUAUAACUGGAUCUGUGAUUCAUCCUCUGAGUCACUCAGCUCCACCUCCCUCCUCCGGCUGCCCCUCCCAACAGCCCUUGCUCCUGGCACAAACGUGUAACCAAAAUAGGGGUCUGAAAAUGAAAAACUGAUAGAGCUCUUUGCUUCUCUGUGCCCUCUCCAUCCCAUGGGCUUCUGGGUGUGUGCUGCUGCAGUCUUCCGUUACCUAACCCACGGCUGCUACCCCUUCGCAUUUCUGGUUAGGUGAUGAUCCAAAUCACCCAAUUUAUUUCUGGUUUCUCCCAGUUCUGACUAUUCCUUCCUCUGUAUUCUGCUGCUCCCAUACCUUGAGGUAUUUAAAAAAUAGAAUGAGGCUCUCUGAAGGAAGAAGGUGGGGAGAGGAAAAGUGGAUCGUGGGAUUUUAAACCAUGGGGAUGGGGCACACCUCUCUACCUGCUGCUUCCUUCUUACAGCCCGUACUGUAUUCCACAAGACAUUGAGGUGUGGGGCGGGGUGGGGGUGGUGGUCAGCGGCCUUUUGGAUUCCUACAGUCGGGCUUCUGGGGCUCUUGCUAGCAAGUACAUACCUGUUUGUUCCAGACUGACUCUGCUCGGGCUACCUUCACUAUUUCCACAGUUUCAGCCAACCCUGGGAACUUGGGAAGCUGAGGCUGGAAGGAUGUGUGCUGUGGGGAGGGGAGUAUUGGGUGUCACGGCCCCCACUUUAGGAUUGCUGCCUCUGUACAGACUCAGAAACAAUAAAACAGCAGCUCAUUAACAGCAAUUUUGUGUUCAUUUCCUGUCUUUUCCGUGUUGAAACAUGCUGCCCUCGAGUUGCCUUCCCCACCUCCAUCUCCGUUCCGCGUCUCCUAGCACCCCACCCCCAUCUUUGCUCCUUGAGUUAAGCAAGGAAGGAGGGGGCUAUGUGAUCCUGGAGCUGAAAGGUUUCCAACCCUUAGCUUUCAAAGUCCAGAACAUGAAUCAUUCAUUAGGAGAUUUGGUGACUGGGUUGGAGGGGAGGAGGCAGGGCUUUCCAGGGGAAUAGGUGAGGGCGGGAACAGGGAGGUGCGCCUGCUGUGCGUAAAGGCUGGAUUAGAUACUGAGUUUUUCCUGGGCUUUCUACCCGCUUCCCCCCAUCCCCAGCCCCACUGCCGAGAUUUGCACGCCAAAAUACCUGUACGUCUGCAUCCUAGACGCACCAACUUCCGCCCACUCCACUUGCCCCUCGGCCUGUCACGCUCUCCGGAAAGGACACAAGGUCCUGUUCUCAUUUACAUCCUCUUCUCAAGCCCUGUCGUUAGCUUGUCGGUGAAGGUUGAAAAUCAAAACAUGGGCCAAAAUAACAACAUAAUCACAAACCCAUAAAUAAACCAAACAAAACACUUGAGUUUCCUAGUGUUUCGUUUCCACUGAAACAGUAGAGCUAGCACAAACUGUUUCUAUCUAAUAAUUGUAUUACUGCCCCCACACUUCUAAUAUUCAUGAACAGAAAGAGACUAGAAUGUGGGAUUGGGUGAAGGGAAUUUGUACCCCAUUUCUCCCAUCUUUCUUAAGGUCCUCCAUUUCCUUUCUACUUUCCAAAAAAUUGUGCGUAUUCUCCUUUAAGGGGUUGGGCAUCUCGGCUGUCCUCUUUAGACUCACCGAAGUUUCCAAAGAGCCUCCCGUGUCUGGGCAGGACACACCUUUCAAGUAAGACCACCGGAACUGAGCUCUUGGCAUCCCAAAGGCUGUUUCCCUUGGGUCCUCCCUGGCCUCUUUCUCCCCACCUCUAGGAUUUAGCCUCUCCCCAGAGAGUGAGCAUCUUUGAGAACUCCCACCCUUAGCUGCUCCACUCCCGGAUGGAGCCAGGGAAAUGUGGUGGGGGGGCCGGGGCCAGAGUUUCAACAUUGCCCCCCGGAAGGAGGAGCCAGAGAUGCUCUCUGGACCCAAGUCUGGCGGAGGCAACAGGAUGCCGGAGCCCAGCAGUCAUCUGCUUGGCAGUUGCCUGGCCUCUGGGUGUCUCCCAGGGGAGAAGAUCCUAGCAUGGGCACCAGGGCUGAGGAAGGGGCAAGAAUUGGAACUGCCUGGAACUCUGAUCUGCACUAACUUUAGGGUCACCUUCCAACCUUGUGGAUGGCAGCGAAAUCAGGACACUCCCCUGAGCAGUGAAUAUGAUUUUGCCCUGGUCAACAUUGGGCGUUUAGAGGCUGUGAGCAGCUUGUCGAGAGUGCAGCUCCUCCGUCCGGGGUCCCAGCUUAAGUUCAUCCCAGAGGAGAUUCUCAUUCAUGGCCGAGACUUCCGUCUGCUUCGAGUUGGUUUUGAGGCUGGAGGGCUGGAGCCGCAGGCCUUUCAGGUAACCAUGGCCAUCGUUCAAGCCCGAGCUCAGAGUAGUCAAAUCCAGCACUAUAGAGGAGUAACCCUGAGCAAAGUUGGCAAGGUUACUGGCUCCAGAAAACCACCUAUUCCUCUCUUGGAGACUUUAGAAGACUGGGAAGCUGAGCGGAAGAAGCAGGGGGCCAGAGGCUGGAGGGUUAGCACAGUCAACGAGAGGUUCGACAUGGCUACCAGCCUCUCGGGUUACUUCUGGGUCCCUAAUCGAAUUCUGGACAGUGAGGUCAGAAGAGCAUUUGCCCACUUCCAGCAGGGCCGUGGACCGCGCUUGUCCUGGCACCACCCUGGCGGCAGUGACCUUCUCCGAUGUGGAGGCUUCUAUGUAGCCAGCGACCCUAACAAAGAAGAUGUCAGAGCAGUGGAGUCCAUGCUACAGGCUGGGCACCCUGAUGUUGUCUUGGUAGAUUCUAUGGACGAGAUGCCCAGUCUUGCUGAUAUCCAGCUUGCCCACGUGAAGCUGAGGGCCCUUUGCCUGCCUGAUUCUUCCGUAGCUGAAGAUAGGUGGCUCUCAGCCUUGGGAGGAACACGGUGGCUGGACUAUGUCAGGUCUUGUCUUCGAAAGGCCAGUGACAUCUCAGUAUUAGUGACAUCUCGGGUCCGUUCUGUGGUACUUCAAGAGCGUGGGGAUCGCGAUUUCAAUGGCCUCCUCUCUUCACUCGUCCAGCUGCUUUUGGCCCCAGAAGCCCGGACAUUGUUUGGUUUCCAGUCACUAGUGCAACGAGAGUGGGUGGCAGCUGGACACCCUUUCCUGACCAGGCUUGGGGAAACUGGGGGCAGUGAGGAGGCCCCAGUGUUUCCUCUCUUCCUUGACUGUGCCUGGCAGCUCCUCCAGCAGUUUCCAGCUGAAUUUGAGUUCUCUGAGUUUUUCCUUCUUGCUCUGCAUGACAGCAUCUGGGUUCCUGACACCCUCACCUUCCUGAAAGACACUCCCUGGGAACGUGGGAAGAAGAGUGGGCAGUUCAGCUCCUAUACUCAAAUUUACCCCCCUGAGGACUCCCAGUCCCUAGCUGGGAGCUCUGCUAAUCUACAUCUGUCUGUCUGGGACUGGGAUUUACGCUACAGCAAGGAACAGAUAUCACAGUUCCUUAAUCCUGGCUACAGUCCGGAGCACUGCCCAGAUUCCUGGCUCCCCAGACAACAGAAAAGCUUCAUGGUUCCUGGACCCCCCAGUUCUGUGUGGCUGUUCUCUCGAGGGGCCCUGACACCCCUAAAUCAGCUCUGUCCUUGGCAAGACAGUCCCUCCUUGCUGGCAGUCUCUUCUCAUUGGCUCCCUCGACCUGCUAGAUCCUCUGAAAGCCUAGCUGAUCAAGAAUGGGGGCUCCCCUCACAUUGGGGAGCUUGCCCUUUACCUCCUGGGCUACUGCUGCCUGGGUAUCUGGGACCUCAGAUCAGAUUCUGGAAACGUUGUUACCUGAGGGGAAGGCCUGAGGUCCAGAUGGGCUCCUCAGCAGUUACAGUCUCUGGCCUCCAGGAAGAGCUCUCUUGUCUCCAGGAACUAUUAAGAAAAUUGACACCAGGAGUAUCUCCUGAGGAUCACUGCAAGAAAAGAGAUCCAAAUACCAUGCUCUCUCAGAUCCGUUGAAACUGCUAGCAUUCUGGAAGGCAGGGCAGAGGGGACGGAGGAGGCGGUUCUGCCAAGCUUUCUUUGUAUCUGACUUUGGUGCUCAGUUUUCACUUCCCAGCCCAUAAAGGAGCUAACUCCCUGCCUGAGUCCCUGUAGCAGAGGCGGGGGCUUCCAACCUCCAGCUCCCUCCAGCUCGCCUGUCUAGUUUGGUUACUAGAGCUAUUUUUGUUUCUCUUGAUUUGAAGAAUAAGAAACAAAACCAGUUCAGAAUGUGGUUGCCUCCCGCCCCACCCCCAAGGCAAUUCCAUACCUUUUAGAUCACAAACAGUCAAAACUGUGAGAUCAGUCCCUAGAUGUCCUAGAGACCUCAUUCUCAAGCCUCACCGAGGCUUUGAAAACCCGGUCUUUUAGUCUUCUACCGGAACGAGGUGAAUAAGGGAGACAUCCUCCCCUCCCACUGUGUAUUUUUGUAGUGGUAUUUCUAUUUAAGGAAUUCAUUAAAGUACAGUACUUCUACGCA